GGUCCCUCCCGUCCCUCCGGAGGGACCUGAUCUUUUCUGGGAAUUAUGAUGUAUGAGGAGCUUUAGAACUAAGACAAAUGCGGCCAUUCUUUGGAAGUGGUUGCUUCUGACACCCCACCGACAGUCUGCGACGACGACGGGAUGAAAGUAAACUGCUCAAUACGUAUUCCGUAACAGUCGGUAAUAAUAAGGGAGAAAAGUUAAACGCAAAGCGGUGGAGAAGGAGAAAUCUUUGACUUGUUGAUCCGGAACGGUGUUCAUUUUUACUGCAAAGUCAUCCAUUUGGUAGUUCAGGAACCGAAAUGGGCGCCAUCCGUUGAGUUUAGACACUGAUAUGUCGGUUUAUGAUUAUUAGCGGCAGCAGCAAAAGAGGAGCGGAAUGGGUUGGAAGAGCAGAGGAUUUGAGUCCACUCAGAAAGGAGUCGUUUCGAGAAAAUUUACUAUCUUGCUUUGUUUUGGCUGCUUCUGCGUUGGCAUGCUCUUCAAUGACAGAAUGUGGGCGGUCCCAGAAGCUAAAGGCAUAUCAAGGAACUCACAACUUGUGGAUGAAAAGAUAAAGUUAAUCUCUAAUGGUUGUGAUCAUGGAAUUAAGGAUGGGCAAAGUGAAUCCAGCAAUAUUCUUGCUGAGGUUUCAAAGACACAAAGUGCUAUACAGAAUCUGGAUAAAACAAUAUCUAAUUUGGAGAUGGAAAUAGCCGCAGCAAGGGCUUUGCAGGAUUCUAUACUCACAGGCUCUCCCAUAUCUGAAGACCUGAAGAUCUCUCCAAAUUUAAAAAAUAAAAGAAAAUAUCUAAUGGUGGUUGGUAUAAAUACUGCUUUUAGCAGCAGAAAAAGAAGAGACUCCAUCCGUGCUACCUGGAUGCCCCAAGGGGACAUACGAAAGAAGCUUGAGGAGGAAAAAGGAAUUAUUAUGCGAUUUGUAAUAGGACACAGUGCUACUUCUGGUGGUAUUCUUGAUAGAGCAAUUGAAGCAGAAGACAAGAAGCAUGGUGAUUUCUUGAGAUUGGAACAUGUUGAGGGGUACCUUGAGCUGUCUGCGAAAACAAGGACUUAUUUUACUACUGCUGUUGCGCUUUGGGAUGCGGAUUUUUAUGUGAAAGUUGACGAUGAUAUACAUGUAAAUAUAGGGACGCUUGGGGCAACUUUAGCUAGGCAUCGUUCCAAACCACGGGUAUAUAUUGGAUGCAUGAAAUCGGGUCCUGUUCUUGCCCAAAAGGGAGUGAAGUAUCAUGAGCCUGAACACUGGAAAUUUGGUGAGGAAGGAAACAAGUAUUUUCGCCAUGCAACAGGGCAGCUAUAUGCCAUUUCUAAAGAUUUAGCCACCUACAUCUCAAUAAACCAGAACGUGCUUCACAAAUAUGCUAAUGAGGAUGUUUCUUUGGGGUCAUGGUUCCUCGGAUUGGAUGUUGAGCAUAUUGAUGACCGAAGAUUGUGCUGUGGAACUCCGCCUGACUGUGAAUGGAAGGCACAAGCGGGGAACAUAUGUGUUGCUUCCUUUGACUGGAGAUGCAGCGGCAUUUGCAACUCGGUUGAGAAGAUGAAGGAGGUUCACCACCGAUGUGGGGAAGGCGAUAACACCCUCUGGAAUGCUGUCUUUUGAGGACUCACUCGCUGGGUGUAAGAACAUAUAAAAUGUCCAUCCAUUUGUUUGCAGAUAUUUUUAUAUUACCCUCUACCGACCUGUAAAAUAUGUAUGCUGUUACAACGCAAAAAGAGUGAGUGAGAUAGAGACACAGGUAGAUAUGGGGCCCUGCGGCGUUUUAUGUAAGGAAAGAGAUCAACCACCAUUGCAGCCUACCUACUAGAGGAGCAUGUAUAAAUACCCAUUCUUUAGCCAACCCUAUUUUUUCUCUAAUAGUAAACACUUUGUAACAAGUCGAUAAGACUGGCAAAUUAUUUCCUUCUCACCCCUGUCUUCUUUGCAUGCUUAUGUACGACCUGCUGAGUAUUAAAGAUUGGCUUCAAGCCUUCAAUGCUUGGUGAAUUGUUACUUCAUUUUAUAGUACCCUAUAGAAUAGUAGGGGUGGGUGAUAUUUCGGUUCCCAAACCCCCAGAGGUUGUAACAGGACUUAUAUUUUGAGAAGUUUUAAUUAAUCUAUUAUUUUAGUAAGACUAAAUAAAUCUCAUUUA